GUAAUGUACAGAAAGCCGCGCACAAGGACGCAUCGGCAUCUUCUCGGCUCUUCUCUUAUCUAGUCUUCUCAAACAUCUAGAAUGUUCGCUGCGCGUCUGCGCUUUUAUUUUAGCCGUCGUUUGAAUCGAAUCCAAUAUCCCUUACUCUGUAUGACAUAAGUUUAAGAUUAAGACACGGUGACGCCUAAAACCAGCUCGUACUCUCGUGGUCGAUUGUUUACAUGUGACUUAGAUUUGCGAUCGUCCAACGUCCUGGUCGCAACGAAUUUUGGCCAAGUCCGAACCGUUUACGUCAUAUUUGGCUAUUUAGCUGUCCGAUUAAUUCCGUCCACCCGAGAUUUGUUGCAAUGGUGGACUCGGUGCCUGCUAUGUUUGGAUUGUUGGUCAGCGGCAGAUUGGUACGGACCGAUUUUGAACGUUUAGAAGAAACAAAGUUUAUGAUAACUAUCAACUCGGCCGAAUCCGUGAAUUACAUUUGUGUGUUUUUGACUGGUCUUGUGCCAUUUCCUGAGGGAACAGCUGGUUCAGUGUACUUCAGUUGGCCUGAUGAAAAUGCAAAACCAAAUUGGCAACUUUUAGGUAUUCUGUCCAAUAACAAGCCAUCUGCCAUAUUUAAGCUUUCAAAUCUUAAACAGCAUUUUGAUAUAACAAACCAACCAAUAAACGCAUUCAGUCAAUUUCCAUCGAUUUCUAUAAAUGCUCAAAUUGGUAUAUCUAUUGAACCUUUGAUAAAUGCUGAAUUACAAACAACCUGCAUAGAAUCAACACAAAAUUUAUCAACGUUUGUCGAGUUCACUCAAAAAAUGGUACAAAAUUUAUACAAUUAUGUAUCAAGUUAUGCAGUUGAUGGCGGCCCACAGCAAACAUCUAUGGUACCACUUUUAUUAAUUCAGAAAUGGUAUGAAAACUUUGAGAGGAAAUUAAAUUUAAAUCCAAAUUUUUGGAAAUCCUAGUAUUUAUAUUUUAAUAUAAACCUAAUUUUUCUUGAUACUUGGGACUUAUUUUAUACUAAAAUUUUAAAUUGGCAUUAUAUAACACAUUAUAUAACUAUUUUAUAAGUAAUAUACAGAGACUGUCUAUAUAAUUAUUAAUGAUAGUCUUAAAGUUUAAGCUAUGUGCCUUAUAUUAAUGAUAAGACUUAUGUAAAAUAAUCUAAGAAAUAUAUAAUGUGUAUGCUUUUAAACACUUAGAUUUUUUUAAUGAAGGAUUCAUUUUGUUUUUUUUCUUCACCUCAAGUUUUUAUAUUUUAAUUGUAGUACUUUUAAAGAACCAAGACCUUUAUACUAUAAGAAAAAUAUUGUUCAUUACUAAAAAUAAAAUUUAAAUUGUCAUCAAAUGUUUGAUAUAAUUUUAGUUGAAAUAAUUUUAUUUUAAAGGUAACCUGUGGCCUAAUAAAAACUAUAUUUAAUAUAUACUUAUACAACGUUUAAGGUUAAAUAAUCCAACAAGGCGCUGUAUUUGUUUGUUUUUUUUUUUUAGUAAUUUUUAAACAACAUUGUAAUAUAUUAUUUUACAUAGGUAUAUAUAUUUUUAUUUUUUUUUAUGGCUAUACUUAAUAAUGAAUUAACUUAUGUAUUUUGAUAUACAGUUGGCAAAACACUCAUUUGGAUAUUGUUGUACCAAAUUAUUAAUAUUUAGUACAAAUGAUUUUUGGCAUUUAGCAUUUAUGAAGAGGAGGGGUUCAAUGCGGUUCAUUUCUUGAAAAUAAUAUCAUUUUAUUGUCAUGUUAAAAUUAUUGAAUAGGUUUUUUUAAUAUUAUUUUUACUUUAUUAUGUAUGUUUAAGUUUUAUUUUUACUCAAGUUUUAGUUUUUAUAAAAUAUUAAUACAUUUUAUUUAAAUAUUAUACCAAUACAUGAUGUAAUAUUUAAGGCUAAGGCCAGUUAAGACAUCAUUGUUUUUAAAAAUAAUAGAAAUUGAUCUGCUGUAUGUAUUGACAGGUUUUUAAAGCUGUUGUGCUGCAAGCACUAUUAUAACUUUGUGUUGCUGUUGGAUAUAUGAUUUUAAAAAAAAAUUAUGUACAAUUUUACAUUUUCAAAAUGUAUUAUUUGGCAUAAAUCUAUCUUGAAAAACAAAAUUACCUUCCAUUUAUUCUUGUACAUAUUAUUUAAGUACCUGCCAUUUAUCGAAAAUACUUGUUAUCUUUUUAUUUUAAUAGUUUGAAGAGCAUAUUAUUGCCUAGAAUAUUUUAAUUUUUUAGUGCUUAAUUUAAUCAUAUAUUAAGCAAUAUAAUAAUACAAUAGCUUUGUUAGCCAUUAAACUUUCAGACGAUGAUAAUAAUUUUAAAUUUUAAAUUGUGAUGUACUCUAAUAUACUUUACAUGCACAUUAGGGCUCCAUGUAAAAAUAUGUAUUCAAAAAAAUAGUUUUUGCUGAA